CAAUAAGGUUUCGCGAAACCUCUGGAAUUCAGUACAUCACCAGUUUGCUGACUGUGUCACGCCAUUCACCACAGUUUUAGUCUCUGUCGCUCGCCAAGAACAUGAAUCAUAAAUAAAUUUCCACCAUUAACAAUGUUGAAUCACUACUUCACAAUUGCAGUUGUGGUGGUAGCUGUGGGUGAAUCGAUAGCAUUUCAAUCCCAAUAUUUGUCAACAACACAGCCAGCACUUCCAGCCAAGGAAAAUGAAGCAAUAUAUUGGACGGAUAACGGUACACCAGUUUGGAACGUAACACGUACGAAAACUGUGGCACUACCACACGAAUGGAUGCUUUUAAAACCGACACUUGAUUUUCCGAGAACACCGCCUGAGGAUGACUUUAAAAUGCCCCAUUUACUCGGUGAAAGUCAACUAUUUUCGGUUGAUUUUUUGCACGAGUUUUUAACAGCCAUUCAGCCAUACGAUAUUCCACUGGAUCUCCUCAGAGACGCAGUGGAAGACCGUAUAACAACAUCGAAGUUCAUAUCAGAGUCCAUGCAUAUGGAGGUCGGCUUCCUCUCGCUUCUCGGGGUCUCCUGUAUUUUGGCGUGCGUGAUUCCUGGCACUGAGCUCUGGCUCGCCUGUCGUCCAAUCAGGGAUUAUAAACCCUCACAACAUCCUGGAUUUCUGGCCUUUCUAUUGUCCAUUCUCGUUUUACUACUUGGGAUUGGAAUAAGUGGAAUGAUCGUAUCGAAUGAGGCCGCGAACAUCGGAAUAUCGAAAAUACCAAUCGUCGUGGAAACAGCUCUCCAGGAUUUCAGGGACUACCAUACAGGAACAACUGGUCACAUACGCAAGUGUCUCACGAGGAGUCUUGAUGUCGCCAGCGAGGCCAUCAUGGCCGAUUUAGAUAAUGUGGAGGAGUUGCUCGGGAAACCCGUACAAGCGGAUUUGGCAACGGAAACUGGACUGGAGAUCGCUCUCGCUAAAUUUUUUCAAGUUUCCAAUACGAGCCAGGAACUUUCAAGCCGUGCAAAGACCAUUCUGAAAAAAGGUGAACGAGCUCGUGAACUAGGUGCUGGAUUGAGUCGUGAAGCGGAUGGGCUGCGACGUGAGCUUGAAUCACUGGCAGCUGCCUGUGCACCCCAGGAUCGUCCUCUUUGUGCAACAAUCAAUCCGGCUGGUCUUACAGUUUCGUUGAGGCUCGACCGGUUACUUAGAGACGAGAGGCUAUUACGUCUACGUGAAGUCAGUCAGGACAAUUUAACUGAGGCUGGGCGUCAAGCACGCGGGGAGUACCUUUACGUGCCGCAUUACAUUGCUCGGAGAACACUCGAGGCAAGGAAUUAUAUACGACGCGAUAUAAAUUCAGCGCGCACCAGAAUAUUCGAGGAAGCACGGAGCAUUGAAUCAACUAGUACUGAACUCAACGGACAAUUAAAGACAGUGAGGAAAAUCGCAAAUUAUGUGGUGCCGUAUAUUGAGGGGUUUGAGGAAAUCAGAUGGCUGGUCGGCGUUGGUGCAGUCGUCGGUGUUCUUCUCGUCUGGAUAUUGCUGAUGGCUGCGCUGAUAUGCCGUUGUGGAUCAACCGAUGGCAAAAUACGAACUACCCUGUUGUGUGCUGCAGUAGUCAGCUGUCUUGUAUCCAUUGGCCUUUGGGGCGUUGUGAUAGGAGCACUUGGAAUUUCCACCAAUACGGAGAUGCUGGUAUGCCGGCCACUCGGGGAUCCCAACUAUCGAGCAUUAGAAACUAUUCUGGAGUCCAAAUUGUUUUUGGGACAACCGUUGGCCAUGCCACUCAAUGAACUUUUGCAAAAAUGCGAGCAGGAUGAAGCGGUUUAUCCCGCCUUUCCACUAGGCAAAACCUCAAACUUGGAACAACUGGCAGAUUACUGGAUGUGGCCGGGACUUUCCAAAGCCUUUUCUCUGCUUAAAGUUGAUCUCAAAGGUUUUAAAAUACUUACACCAAGCUUGGAGGGCAAACUGGAAAGCCUUCUCUAUGCUUGUAAGCCUAAUCUCACAGAGCAUAAGAUAACGAUUCGAGGUCCAAUUGUCAGUCAAGACAUGAUCACGAUGUCAAAUCAAAUUUACAAUGUUGGAAAUCAAUUGUCCGAUAUGAGGAGUUCAAAGGCAUUCAUGGGUAUCAGUACAGCGAUGCAGAGCCUUAUCGUGACAAAAGUUAGACCAUUAGUGGAAAUUCAGGACAAUCUAAUCGAUCAACUGACUACUUUGGAGAUGCAGUUGGAACCCUUUCACCGGAAAGCCAAUCAAACUCUUGCUCAUUUGAGAGCUGUGCAGAGUUAUAUUGAUGAUCAAGGGGAUGUUAUUGCUCAAAUGAAAACCAAGAGCUACGUUGAAAGAUUGACUGGUUAUCUUGAUCAAUGGCGCACUCACGUUUUCAAUGAAAUGAGAGCAGGUGUUACCAAGUGUCGUCCACUGUGGAACAUCGCUAAUGGUAUUAAAUUACUAAUGUGUCAGCAUGUACUAGGUCCACUGAAUGAAUGCUGGUUUAUCACUGUUUUAUGCAUCUGCAUCAUGAUGCUGAGUACGCCUGUCGCACAUACCUUGGCAUCGGUGUAUCGACGUGACUCGAAAAAUAUUGACACCUUUCAGUCGGGCAUAAUAACACCACCUGACACGCAGAGCAUCAACAGAGACACUUGGCGAACGCCACCACCCCCGCCGCCACAGGGCAAUUGGGUGACUAUAUAGGAUCCACUCAACCCUGAGGAAGGGGCUGGUGAGGAGAUAAAUCAAUACAAGGUGAAUACAGAAGAAUGAGGAGACUCUUCAGACAUAAUGAAGUGUUAAUGACUGAAAACAUUGGACUUAAUUGACGACUAUGUUUGUAUGUUAUGUAUUUAUAUGAUUUUUAUUCAUCGCAGCCCAGUUACCGAAAUUGUUCAUGGAAAUAAUUAUGACAGGUUUAGAAUUUAUUGGUCCGAAGAAAAAAAUUCACCAAAACUUACCCUUUAAUUACCCGUUAACGAUGAGGCCCGAAUAUAACUGAUUAUUGCACGGAGAGAAAAGUCUGCGAAAAAUUACUGUGCCGGACACUAAAAUCGAAGGCCAACAUAUUAGACUAUUGGAAUGUUUUUUACUCACACAGAAAAAUUCCUGUCAAUACCGUAAAUUAAUUUGAAAAUAAAUGAAAAUAAAUUUUGGUAUUAAUGAUAUGUAGCCACGUAAAAUUUACUAAACAGCACCAUAAAAUUUUAAGGUCUCUCGUUGUUUAUGAAAAAUUGAUAAAAAUCUGUGAAAAAUUCCGCUCUAAGUCAGUUUAUUUUAAUGAGUCUUCCUUCUUUUAUUACUAAUUAAUGAUAUAUGACUUCGUAAAAUUGACUAAAUAGGAGUAUAAAAUUAGCAGAUCUAUCAUUUUUUAUUUGCGUUUAGUCGAAAAAUUGAUAGAAAUUUUUUAAAAUUUCUGUCCAGAUCAGUUUAUUUUAUUGUGAUUUCCUCCAUUUUUUACUGUGCCGCACAGCAAUUUUUCGUUAACUCAUUGUGAUUGGCUAACGAUGAGCGCCGAAUGUAACCGAUUAUUGCCGACGUUGGACGUCGUCAUGAGAAACGUUGCAUCAGACUUUGAAUUUUGACGAGACCGAUAUAGAACUUUUCCCAAGCUGAUAAAGAAAUUUUACUACGCGACACAGUAAUUUUUCUCACGUCUGCAAUUUUUUAUAAUUUUCAUCAGAAUCACACCAUAAAAAUUCUCAGAUUUUUCUCUUCACGUGUAAGUUGGUCCGACUGACCGAAGGUUAUGGCUCCCGAGGGUUGAGUGAGCAAAGGGGAGAUGAAGUGAUCUGAAAUUAUAUCAUGACGGAUAGAAAGGCGGCUGAGCUUGCGUGUCCCAAAGUGUUGUUAGCAAUACACUGGUACGUUCCCGUGUGCUGUCUCAUGACUGAUGAAAGUUGCAUCCAGGAUGUCUUCAUGAGAUUCUCGGGGCCAUCGGUUGUCACCACUGUGCCCCCAUGUUCUUCACCUAGGAUGAAAUAUUUUAAGUAGUUAAAUUAUAAUUCAUGGAAAAUUGUUUUGUAAACUUUGAUAAAUGAAUAAUAAAAUUAUGACUAAACAA